GGUUGUUCCCAGUGUUUGUUCACUGAAUCGUCUGAGGACUUUCGCUGCGGAUCAGAGGAUCGUGUCGGGAUUUAAACGCCUCGAAGGAAGAGUAGUUCGGCUCUCAGCGAUGUUGGCAUCCAGGCUUUAAAGUAAGUGUUGAGCAGCUUUUCUGAAUUUGACGUUUUUUCCAGAGAUGAUGUGAGGAAGGUUACAGACGGUAACUGUUAGCUUGGAUUCCUAACCUGAGAAUAACUUAACGCUUUUAUUGAGCUUUAAAAACACAUCAUUAUCAUAGGAACUCAAUGUUAAUGAAGCUCAGAGAGAGGUCGUUUAUUGACAUAUCAGUGUUAGAGAGUCUUUUCGUAUUUUCAGCAGAAGAUUGUUCAGGUUUGGUCUCCAGUCUCAGUUAGUAACGGUUUUAUCAGGACUGUCAGGAUAAAAAUACAAACAUCUUUUCAUCAGUAUUUACCCGGGUUAUUGUCGUUUUUAUAUUAUUUUAGAUAUAUAAUAAUAAUGUAUUUUUGCCACAUAUUGUUAUUUUUCACCUGCCAUCCGUCAAACAGGAGCGUAUUCUGUGGGAUGGUCUGGGGUGGGCAUGGCCCUUGUAACUGUUUGGCCACCCCGAAAAAAAUUGUACUAAAUUUAAGAAUAACAGUUAGAUAGAGGAGCCAGUCUCCUCCACUGUUUUUUUCAUAAUGUUAGGGAUAUCAUUUCACUCAAGAUACAGAUAUUAGCAUAGCAUUGGUUUGGAGAGGGUUUGACAUUAUUUCAUAGAUAGAUAGAUAUACUAUAUCGAUCCCAAACUGGGAAAUUCACAUUUCAUGAUAUUUUUGUACUGCAGGGCUCGACAGUGUGACCAUUUCACUCACAUUUGCGACUAAAAUAGAUGUGUGCGAAUUGUAAAAUGUAUUUAGGGGCACAUGUAUGCAUAAAAAAAAAUCAACAAAGGUUAGAUUUAGGUUGGAUGUCUGACGGACAUUCUCUGAGGAUUUACCGGUGUCUUCCCACUCUCCAUAACCGGGAAUAACAACAGCAGCGCGGUUAAAUCUACUCGGCACCCUUGCUGUCAGCGCUGGGACCGUCAAAUAAGGGACCGUCAAUAAAUUACCAGUUGAUGUUCUCAGAAAAGGCUGUUUUCCUUCAAUAGCUUCACUGUCAUGUGACCAAAAGACCUAAAAUUGAUUUCAAAUAACAGUACUUAAGUGCCCCUAAAGUUCUUUGUGUGCUCCAACAAGAUGGCUACAUCUACGAAAGUUAUUUUAGCGAUCGCCUUGUCCAAAUAUAAGGCGAGCGCUAAAAUAACUUUUGUAGUCAAUCUUGUUUCUGCUUUUUUCCGACUUGGUGACUGAAACUCUCGGAACUCGUCAGCUCCGACAUCUGACUUCCAAGGUAACUCAAACGCUGCAUAAACCAUUGAUUAUCAUAUAUGCAGUAAAAUAUAUAUUAUCGUAUAAAGGGGGGGUGCUCGUGUCUCGAGGAGUUGCCAUGGUGAUGUAACUACUACAGUUCUGCAACAAAGAGUAAAAAUAUUCAGUUAAAAUACAAGUCAGAUACAAGUUGUUUGGCAUGUAUCAGAACUACAAGUCAACUCCUCCUUCCUCUUUUUUAACAUGUUUUAUUAGUUUAACAUCAAAAUAAACACAGAAGGAGACGGCACAGACGCUGCCUGACAGUAGAGGAAUAAAGAAAAUCAUACAUGAGUUAUGAAUCAUGUCAGAUACAGCCUCAACCAUCAAAGGAAAAAUAUGACUGUGACACAUUUGUGAAGACAAAGUGUGGACGCGCCCACCUCAGUGAGCCAACAAGAUCACAGGGAACGUAAUCUGGAAGAGGGCUGCCAAAAAUGAUCGUGCAGAGGUGCCCCUUGGGAAAAUGUUUCUCUGUACCACAGGAACCGAGUACACCACCUCCAUCAAGAGGAGGAGCAGACGUUCACUCGUCAGAAAGCAGGAGAGGGUGGUGGGAGAGUACAGGUCUCUACCAGGAGGUUUAAUGUAGAAUCCAAAUGGAGUUAAGGAACAUUUUUCCAACACCUGGAUAUUAAUAGAAACAGCUCCAUCAAGUAUCAGCAGGUUCCAGAGAGGAGGAGAUUGAAGGGUUCAUUCAGUUCAGAAACUGAGUCGAAAAACUUUGAGUUUGUUGGGAUAAUUAAACAUGACUUUCCAACUCUUUUAGUGAAAGUUAAAAUGAUUUUAGUAAACAGAAAUAGUAGAUAACAGCUGUUUUAGUUCGACCCCCUCAUUCACACACAGUCUUGUUUGUGAUGAGAACAUGAUAAAGUUAGCUAACAGAGCUCAGACUCAGAGCUCUGGUCUGCAGAGGGACUUCUCUCUGACUCUCAGACUCAGCUGUUACUGCGGAGCUUCAUCAACAAUCGACCGGCUCUCUGAUUUUGUUCAACAUUAAAAGACAAAGUGUCUAAAAGCAGUAAGAGAAACGUUUUAUAAUAUGUUUGUCCUUUCAUUUCUGCGUGUUCCCCAUUGUUAUUGUCAGCGUGUCCCACUGUCCUUAGUAACAAUAACGUGUGGUUUUGUUGACGGUUACCAUGGGAGACGGCACAGUCAGGGGAAAGUAGCUGUUAUUUCCUUUGUUGUUGUGGUGGGAACUGUGGAGUCCCUCCUCGGUACAGAGCAUGUACCGCCUGUUGUGUCUGAUUCUCUCCGUGUCUGUCCCUCCUCCUCCUCCUCCUCCUCCUCUCCAGGUUUUCAGAGGAUGCAUACGACACGCAGCCCCUCAUCCAUCCCCACAGGUGUCUCAGGAGAUGCCUUGGACCUCAGCCUGUCCGGCUCCCAGCUCACCGUGUCCAAAAGACCCAGCAGCGCGUCGCCCGGGAAGUGCUUCUCCAGGUCUGUGUCGGUGUCUGUGGCCACUGACAGCAAAGGGAAACGCAACACUCUGGUGAGUAACCCCGCCACCGCCGCCGCCGCCGUCACGUUUCUGCUUCUGUGCCGUUUGAAGCUAAUCUGUUCAAGAUGCAGGAAUGAGGAAGUCAGACGUGUCUUCUGGGUCAUUUUCAGAGAGUUCCUGUCUGCAGCAUGAUUCAUCACUAAGACAGUAAAAUAACUGAGAGUACAUCAGGACUCUCUCAGAGAUUCAGUGUUAUAUGUUAUUAGGGGUUCAUGUUGGUUUGUCACUAAUAAGGAUCAAAUGCGUUUGAACAUGUUUUUAACGGCUAACGAAGCUUUGAAAUCCACAGAGCGACACCAGCUUCGGCAGCUCCCGCUCCAUCAAGAACCUCCGGAGGUCCAACAGCACCACCCAAGUCAACCAGCAGGCUAACAUCAGUCUGAGGUAAAAACACACACACACACACACACACACACACACACACACACACACACACACACACACACACACACACACACACACACACACACACACACACACACACACACCUGUGUUUGAUAUUUUCUUCUUAUCUAACCUGGGAAAGGUAAACAGCAGCAGCAGCACACUUUACAAACAGUCCUUUUACAUGACACUCGAGAAAACCGAAUUAUUGCCGAACUCCAGCUAAGACAGGACAACUGAAGUGCAUGUAAACACCUUACCUCAGAUUUCCACCACAUCCGGAACGGCUCCAUAUUUUGCCGUACGCCAAUUUCUACCAGAUCCGUUUGAGAGACGAAUUUCGUGGCGGAUUACAGACAGCAGGACCCGCGGAUUCAUGUGUAAUCGUGCGAUAACGAGUUGUCUUUAGCCACAGAUGCUAACCAUAUAAGCAGUAGAAUGUGUCCUUCCAGAGGAGGAAAUCUACUUCUAGACUUGUAGAAUCAGCAUCUCCUCAUCCAUGGUGUCAUCGGGGUGAAAUGACGUCAUGGUAGCCGGAAGCCGGAUGUUUUAUUUUGUGUCUGUGCCCGACUUCCUUUCCAGCACGGGUUAAUCUGUGCUGAAUUUAUCCACCAUGCUCUGGCAUUCGGAAAAAAUAGAACUCCUGCGAUGGGCUGCGUAGUCCGGCAAUCUGCAGAGGAACAGAAAGAAGUUGGUGGAAAUUGACACGUUAACAUGAAUAGUUACGAUCAGCUAUGAUCGGAGGAUACAACCUUUUCGUAGCCGCUCCUGAUGUGGUGGAAAUUGCCCGUCAGUCCGACUAUAAUUGGAGUUCUCAAACUCCGACUGGAGUACGAGAACUUCGAUUAAGACUCCCAGAUAAUAUGAUUGGAAUUCAAUUUUCUGUACUGUGUAACCGGCGUAGUCAGAGUAUGAUUGGACAAUGCAUGUGCAUGUGCAGCUGAAAAGACCCAUAUCGCCCCCUAGUUUUGUGGAGGAGGACACGUUCAUGUCAAUAAUGCAGUUUUCUCAGCUGCAUGUAAAGGAGGACAAGGAGAAAAGUCUGAUUCGGCCAAAAAAAAAACGAAUUAUGAGCUCGUCUGAUUAAACUGUGACUGUAAACACACUGAAAGUUUCCAACACUCAAAAAAAGAGUGAAGUGUAAAAGCUGAAACACAUGGACGGCAGCACACGGUCAUAAACACGGUAUCAAACAGAGCAUCUGCAGCCCUCAGUGAGACCAGAUCCUCAGGUUUCUGGUCUUUGUGUGAUUUACUCCAAAGAGUCGGAGCAGUAAACUCAAACCCCCCCCCCUCAUCUGAGCUCUGACCUUCAGCACAGACACUCAGACCUGUCGAGUUUACGCUCCUGUACUUUUCUGUCUGAUGUUGGUUGGAGAAAACAAAGUCAGCCGACCUGAAGUUCACCUCUUAAUAAAAUAAAACCACACCAGUGUGAGAGCGGCGUGACGACGGCGGGGCUCUCAGACACACUUCCAGGUAGAUCAGGAGUGUUUGAGUGAGAAUCCCUCUCCUGUCUCUGUGUCUGAACUGUUUUCCUCAUUCCUUAUCACUGACAUUGACACAGCGAGCUGCAUAUAGAACAUGAUGUGCUGUUACAUGAACUCUGCGAAGCCCCGGGGAACACUCGCUCUUCACAUUCAGUCGGAUCAAACCACCUUUAAAAUGACACACAUUCACUGGAACACGGAGGUCGUGUUUGAGGGAAAAAAAGAAGAGGAGGAGGAGGAGGGUUCAUUUUUGAUUAGAGGAGUCAGACAGAGAGUGAAGGAGCAGAAACCACCUCAGCUGGAGUGAGCUGAGUGCAACAGCUGGCCGCCUCAGAGCCUCCAGCCUGUCGGACAAUAGGAACCCGCGGCACGCCGGCUCCUGCAUGAGAAAGAGCAGAGGGAAGCUGGGCGGCUGUUGCCAGGGUCGCGGGGUGCGGGGACUUGCUUUGUCCCAGGUUAGACGGGGGGAGGGCUGGGACCUCCAGGUCAGGUUACCCCCUCCACCAGGAGCCAGUGAAAGGAGAAGUGUGUGUGCACGCUCUGCUCCUAUUGUCCGGCAGCUGCCACCAGACCCACCCCCUCUCCCUCUCUCUGUCCCUGAAGGUGUGGAGCUGAGGGACUUUAAAUCUGAAGACAUCCUUCACACCCCCCCAGGACCCCCUCAGAGUCUCGGUCCCUCAGCGCCCCUCUUCCUCUCUUGUGAGGAAGAAACUGGAGGAAUGCGCCGCUGCCUGAACGCUGUUGUCAGACCGCUUUUCAUUGGGCCAGCUGGCUUUACCCCCCUCCUCUGAGACACACACACACACACACACACACACACACACUCCUCAUUUAUGUACUUACCCAGACAGAAACCCCCUGCACAGCACUGGCGAGCUGCAGCAGAUAUUAGUGGAGGCGGGGCCAGACAGGAGGUCAGCCUACAUCUGUGCCUCCUGAUGGAGGGUUAGGCUUGUGUGUGUGUGUGUGUGUGUGUGUGCGCGUGUGUGAGGCUAUUUGAAGGAUGUGCGACAGGCCGUAUGUAUGUAAACACACAUUUACAUGGAAUCCACGGCGGAGUUUCCCCCCACAGCAGACGGUCAGCUGCUCCAAACUGGAUUCCUGCGCUUUAGGGGGGAGGAGAGGAUGAGAGGAUGAGACCCGCUUCAGCAGCUGUUAUCAGCCGAGGACUAAUAACACGACUCUGAGUGUGCGAACGGUCCAGAACCAAAGUCCGAAUCUUUGGACUACAAACACACACAGACUCCUUUAGUUUGACUUUAUUGACACGGUCGAGACGUACUGACCCGGCUGUUGUGUGUUUCCCAGUCAGGACCAGAGUGAGGACUACCUGUCCCUGUUUGACAGCAGCUCAGAUGGACGCAAGAAACUGGCCAGCCUCAGCAAGGCCUCACCGGACAGAACCACCUGGAACAUCCUGGUAUUUACAAACAGUCACCCACACACCCCACCUGAUGUAACCCCAACUUUAAGAACUGUUCUUAAAGGGAAAUUCUGGCAUAAAAUUAGGGUCAAACACACCAUAACACAGAGUUAGACCCCCCCUCCAGAGAUGACCGCUGUCUUCUCUAGUUAUACCAACUUUAGUAACGACCGCAGGAUAAGAAUACAUCCCUUUAAAACAGAUUUAUUCAGACCUUUUAUUUAAAGGCUCCUCCCUCCAUCUCUCUCUCUCUUCUCUACUAUUUGGUCAUGAAACAGUGAAGUGAGAGUGAAGGUUCAGAGUUCAGGGUCUCGUUUCUCGUCCUCUCUCUCUCUCCUCCAGGAUGAUCAGCCCAGAGCCUUCCCCCUCCAUUCCAGCUCCCGCAGCACCGGCAGCGUGGACUCUCCCACCGGCCUGAAGAAACGAGAGCCUGGCAUCGCUCUGGCUGCGACCUUCACCGCCAACAACAGGUGGGCAGUGACUCACACACACACACACACACACACACACACACACACACACACACACACACACACACACACACACACACACUACCUGCGCUGCAGCAUUCUACAUUACUACCAGUUUCUCCAGUUUCCUGUCGAUCGGCGCUGCUGAUACGGCCUUCAGGAAUCCCAGCAGCACACUGAGACUCUGUCCUCCAUGGAUUAUCAAAUGAGAGAUGAGAUUGUGAUGGCGUUAAAGCGUGAGGGUGUGUCAGUGGGCGGAGUCAGAGGUUCAUUGUCUCCGUUUCUUUUUUUCCUCCCAGGAGCAACAAGGGAGCUGUGGGGAACUCCGUCACCACCAUGUUACACAACAACUACUCGGAGAAACCGCUCACGCCGAAGAGCUCCAACCAGAAGCCGUCUUUUAAGUACGUCCUGAAACCGACGGGAAUACAAUGUGGAGGAUGUCUGUGAGGUUUUCUCAAACGUAGAUUCCGGUCUUCUUUCUCUCUCAGCAACAUCCUGAAGGCCACCGCCAACGAUGAGGUGUCCAUGGAGAACGGCUCCCUCACCAAAUCCCAGAAGAAUUUUUCCUCCGCCUCCAACAACAAAUCCCCGGUGUCGGCCCAACGAGGAAGCCCCGCCCUGACCCGGAGGAGGGAGGUCACAGAGGAGGAGGCUGAGAGGUCAGACCCCCUGUUCUUAAAUCUGUCCCCCUGUUUUUACCUCUCCAUGAAAGCGUCUUUUCUGACUGACGGAGGAUCUUUCGUGUUUUUAAAGGUUUAUUCAGCAGGGGAACCAGGCCGCAGUCGUCAUCCAGCGCUGGUACAGGCGCCACGCUAAGAGGCGUCACACAAACCAGGCCGCUGUGCUUAAACGUAUCCUCGCCACUAAGAGAAAGGUCUCCAGAAGUUUCAAGAACUCCUGACCUCUCAGAGCGAUGUUGUUCUGUUUCUCUCUGCUUCGGUUUCCUCGGCCCUGACUCUGUCUUCGUCUCUGUAGGAGUGGGAGGAGAGGAUGGAGGAGGAGGAGGAGGACGGCAGCGGCCUGGAGCAGCAGCGGAAAAAGGACGAGGAGCGAAGAAGGAUUCGUGAGGAGAAAGCUCGUCUGGCCCGCCUCGCCGCCAUCAAGGUGAUCAGAGAAGCUGCUGUUCCGUCUCUGACCUCUUAAACUGAUUCAUACUUGAACGCCAUUAGUGCGAGCGCCUUGUUAUUUCCCGAGGUUGAGUGUGACGCUCUGACACUCUGUCUCCCUCUUGUGGUGCGUCACAGGAGCUGCAGCAGAAAAGAGCUCAGAGGGUCGCAGAGGAGCAGCAGACAGCCGAGGUAGAGCUGGAGAGUCUGAGACAGACCGCCGCGACCGGACGCAAGAGGCCGCCCAAGAUUUGUCCGGCCAAUAAGAGUCCAGCGUCGCCGAGCAACAACAGCCCCACGUCACCCACGGACGUCAAAGCUCAGAACACAGGUCUGUGUGUGCGUCAAACUGAGAGUGUGUGUUUUCAUGUCCGAGGACUUGUGGGAGGAGUUAAUGAGCCGUGUGUUUCUGCAGACUCCAACCUGAACGUCGUGGUCGACUUUGGCGAGUUGAGCUUCAGAGCCGUUUCACCAGCUCAGUCCAAGUGUUCUCAGGUAUGAAGGCGCUUCACCUCCUUCCUCUCUCUUAUCUCUUCAUUUUUCCUGGCAUUAAACAAAUACUGGGUUUCCCUCCUGCAGGACCAGGAGAUCAGAGCCGAGGGGGACGCUUCACAGGAGCAGCAGGAGUUUCAGGAGAACGACAGGAAGCUGAUACGUAGAGAAAAAGCUCGCCUGGCACGUCUGGCGGCCUCGGCUGUGAACACGGCUGCUGUGAGUGUUUCCUCUUUAGAGUGAACUUGUUGGUGAAGUUGUCAGUUCACAAGCAUCGAUUGUCUGAUGUCUCCCUCUGGUGGUGUGUCGCAGGAGCUGCAGCAGAAGAGAGCGCAGCGGCCUGCAGAUGUGCAGCAUGUCGGCGAGGCAGAGCUGGUGAACAUGAGACAGACGCAGAGAGGGAAGAAACCGCCCAGGAUCUCUGUGACCAAUAGAAGUCCAGCAUCUCCGAGCAACAACAGCCUGAUGUCACCUACCGACGUGAAGGCCAAGAACACGGGUACGAGAGACGACCGCUCACUUCAGAGGAACUGAAGUGUUCAAACCAGGAGAGUCGUCUCAUAACUGUGUCGCUUCAUUCUCCACAGACUCCAAUCUGAACGUCCUCACGGACCUGGGGGAGCUCUCCAGCUUCAGAGCGGUUUCUCCUGCUCUGUCCAACUGCAGAGGUUCCCAGUGUUCCCAGGUUCGAGUCCGGAAACUCUUCACUGUCGUCUCCCUGUUUGUAAAUGUCCUCCCUUCAUUUAAGCAUUCUGGUCAUCCUCAGGAGAUCCUGCAGAGGUCGGUCAGCGUGGAGGACCAGAGGCAGGGAGCUUUGUCCAGCAGAGCUCCAUCCAAGACCACGCUGACGGAGCUGCUGGACACCCUGAAGCUGUUGGAGGAGGAGCCAGAGAGGCUGUCGGAGCCGAAGAGUUACCGCAAAGAGAAAUACGCCUGGAUAGAUGAGGUGAGUUUGUUUUUUAAUCAUCAACCUCACAUGAACUUCUCCUCAGUCAGAGUCAUCAUAACCUCUCUCCUUCCAGGACGGAGACUCCAACUCUCUGACCACCGACAACCUGGAGCGCCACGGCCAGCUGAGCCACCACCCCGCACUGCCAGACGGGGGCGCUCUCCUCUCGGAGGCCAAGCUGCAGAGCAUCAUGAGCUUCCUGGAUGAGAUGGAGAAGUCUGAGCAGGAGAGACCUCGCUCCGUGACCUCAGGGUCCCACAGAGAGGUCAGUGUCUGCAGUCAUGGAGAGAACAAAGACCAGUUUUUAUCUAGUCCAGUAUCCAGAGUCCUGAUCCUCAGACCUCUCUGUAAAGUUUUCAUCAUUAGGAGUUUUUCCUCUGAGUACCUCGGACUCUGCGGCUAAAAACAGAUGUGUGCGAAUCGUAAAAUGUAUUUAGGGUCACAUGUGCGCAUAAAAAAAUGAGCCGAGGCAACAAAUGUUUUUUCCUGUAAAUACGGCAGUGAAGUUAGUUUUAGGUUGGAUAUCUGACGGACAUUCACUGAGGAUCUACCGGUGUCUCAGGAAUAACAACAGCAACUCAACUCAGCUUUAUUUAAAACAACCAGAGCUGAACAAAGAGCUGCACAUAAAUAGAAAAAACAAAGCAGACGUAAAAAACAAUCAAAAAACAAUUAAAACAAUCGAUAAAAUAGAAGCAGAUAUUAAAAAGUAAAAUAUAGUUUCAGUGUUUUUAAAAACUAAUUUAAAAACACAGAAAGAAAUAACUAAAAACAAACUAUAAAACACUAAAACAGGAGCCGAGUCUCAUGAAUAAAAAUGGGUUUUAAGACGAGUUUUAAAAAUGGACAGUGUACUCGACACCCUCACUGUCAACGUCAGGUGUUGAAUAAGGGACCAUCUAUAAAUUACCGGUUGAUGUUCUCAAAAAAAGGCUGUUUCCCUUCAAUAGCUUCCAUGUCAUGUGACCAAUUGACCUAAAAUUGAUUUCAAAUAAUAGUACUUAAGUCGACCAAUAAGACAAACAAUAUUUGAUCAAUUUUCAUUGUGCCCCUAAAGUUCUUUGUGUGCUCCUCACAUGUCUCCUGAGAACAUGUCGAGUCCUGUUACGUCAGUUUUUCUGCACAUAUUUACAACAUGACUCGUUUUUUUCAGAGACACAGUUGAGAUAAAGAUCCAGUAAAGUUCUGUAUUCUGGUUCAGGCAGAGCGUUAACCACCUAUUACUGUCACUGUGGCUGCACUGGCCCUGCUCUGACAGCAGGGGGCGCUGCUGUGCUGCUCACUGAGAUCAGUUUGCACCAUCCUGAUCACACUAAGUUACUCAGAGGGUCCAGGUAGUUUAGAGGUCGCUGGUUCGAUUCCCUGUUUGCUCGUGGACUCGCCGUCAUGUGACUGCAGAAGCUGGGAUCAAUCAGGCCAAUCACUGAACACCUACUGACGACUAACUGUACGCUCUCAGGCUGUGCUGUCCGAGGAGGAACUUGGGGGCGUGGAGCAGGCGUCCGCCACGGCGGCAGAAAUCACCGGGUCCAUGAUGAGAAUCCGACUGGAGCUGGAGGAGAAGAAGCGCACGGUCAACAUGCUGCAGACGGCCCUGGUGAGGGAAAGGCACACUCAGUUCUAGAGGAACAUCUCCUGCUUCUGCUGACUGUACCUGAACGUCUGUGUUUCUUUUCCAGGCUCAGCAGAGAGAGCUGACCGUGAGACACGUGAAGGAGACCGAGAAGGAGCUGGGCAGAAACUUCCAGCUCCAGAAGGAACAGUAUGAAGCAACCAUCCAGAGACACCUGACCUUCAUCGACCAGGUACACACACACACACACACAUCAUCUCCGCUCCCCUCAGCUGACGCUCAGUUACCUGAAGAUCUAAACCCCCGUCUGUUCCCUUCAGCUCAUCAACGAUAAAAAGGCGCUGAGCGAGCGCUGCGAGGGGGUGGUGGGAGAACUGAAGCAGGUGGACCAGAAGUACACCAAGAAGAUCGCCCAGAUGCAGGAGCAACAUGAGAUGGUGAGGAGAUGAAGAAGGCUGAAGAGUUAGCAUGAGUGAAGAACGUCUGCUCUCUGCUCCAGCUUUGCAUCCUGUGAGAUCAUCUUGCUUUCUCGCAGUGCUGCCUCAGUUUAACUCUCUUCUUCUUCUUCUUCUUCUUCUUUUUCUACGUUUUGUCUUCUUUUUCCUCUUCUCCCCUUUCUUCUUUUCUUUCUUCUUCUACAUCUUUUUCUUCUUCUCUUUCUUCUCCUUUUUCUUCUUCUUCUUCUUCUUCUUCUUCUUCUUCUUCUCCUUCUUCAUCUUCUCCUUCUUCUUCUCCUCCUCCCCCCUCAUCCACCUCCUUCUUCUUCUUCUUCUUCUUCUUGUCCUUCUCCCCCUCCUCCUCCUCUUUCUUCUCCUCUCCUUCCUCUUCCUCCUUUUUCUUCUUCUCUUCCUCCUCCUUGUCCUCCUUUUCCUCCUCCUUCUCCUCCUCCUCCUUCUCCUCCUCCUUCUUCUUCUUCUCCCCCCCUCCCUUUUCCUCCCCCUCCCCCUCCUCCUCCUCCUCCUCCUCUUUCUUCUUCUCCUCUCCUCUCCUUCCUCUUCUCCUCUUUCUUUUUCUAUUCCUCCUCCUUCUUCUUCUCCUUUUCCCCCUCCUCCUCCUCUUUCUUCUCUUCACCUUUUUCUUCCUCCUCCUCCUCCUCCUCUUCCUCCUCCUCCUCUUCUUUCUUCCUCUCCUCCUCCUCCUUCUCCUCCUCCUCCCUCUGUCUCUGUCUUUCCUGGCUCUCAGGUGUGGCAAAUUCUGGGUCCGUUGUGUGAGGUAACUUUUUCCCUCCUCUUAUCCGCUCGUCCUCGGCGCUGUCAUCUCACUCAUGUUGUCAUUGUUGUUGUUUUUUCAUGUUUUCAUUUUUCUGUCCCUCUUCACUUCUGUUGGAAAGUCUGUCUGCAUGUGAGUCGCCUCCAUCUUCUUUUUUUACUUUUUGUGUUUGGAUGUAGAAAAAAACGUCUAAUCUCAUUUCGUCUCUUCGUACCUUUUCCUUCUACAAACGUCUUCCUGCUGUUUGUCGUUCAAAGUUUGAUCCUAAAAUUCUCACACUUUUAAAAACUGUUUUAUUCUUGUCAUGUCUGAACUCCUCUCUCAUUAUUCGGUUCAUCCUCUGAAUCCUUCCUCCGCAGGAAAUCAAGAAGCUGAAAGAGUUAAUGAGCGCCACAGAGAAGAUCCGCAGGGAGAAAUGGAUCGACGAGAAAACCAAGAAAAUCAAAGAGAUCACAGUCAAAGGUAACGCAGACACGCCCUCCGUCCCAGCAGAAAUCUGAGACCUCCAUGUUGACACAGAAACUCUCCAAAGGUUAGAGCAGAAGUCUGAAUGAACGGCUCCGGUUCUGGUUCAGAGCUGGAUCAAAUCAGGAACCGGUUUGGUUUCUGCUGACAAGAGAGCCGCGUCAUCACACCACUGCGUCGAGACAAACUGCAGCGUUAAAAAAACCCAAAAAACAUGAAAAAAACAAAGGAUGGUCUUUAUUUCACGUUGGUCAUAAAGAUGGCGCAGUGAGGGACCUGGUUAUUCACUUUCACCCGAACGCCUCACGCCACAUUCAGGCACAACGACCCCUGCUCAUCAGACGGAGCAGAAAAACACGCCUCUGUUGAGUUAACCAAUGUCAGAGAAGUAGAGGAUUACCGCUCAGCUGGAGCGAGAUCGAUCGGCGUUACAGUCUUCACAAAAUUCGAUCAGGAUGAAAACUUGAUAGAUUGACCCCAGACCGAAUGACAGCAGGUACAGGAGGGGUCUCAGACCUGCAGGUGCUGGCUCUAAAGGGAUAUUCCGUAAAGUUAAUUGAGAGUCAAACACAGUAACACCGAGUUAGACGCCCCCUCCAGAGAUGAAUGUUGCCGACCGCUUAUUUCUCUAGUUAUACCAACUUUAGUAACAACCUCUCUCAGGACAAACUGCAGGACUUUAGAGCCUUAAAGUCCCGCUCCGAUUCUUUUUUUAUUUUACUAAUGUCUUGAGGGACACGAUGAAAGCUAAUAUCAUAAUUAGCUUUCUUACGAGCGUUGCAAUCUGCUAACGCUCACUUGUUCCGCGAUCGUGCGCUCUACUUCUCUGAGUCUGGCCUCUCCAGGUGGAGCUGAACAGCGGUCUGAGGAAAAACAAACCUCAACCAAAACGCCACAAAUAAUGCUCAGAACAGCACCUAACUUCAUCAACAGGACAUAUAGGGUCACAGACAUAGUACUAGACACCAAACAUCUUUUUAACUUUGAGACUAGAGACUAAACACAACUCACCUACUCUCUUCCAGCAGACGCUUGCUCGUAGCGAGAACUUGGACUCUGUCGGCCUGACUGAAGUUCCCCUGAAAGAGUCUCGUCUCGUGUCCUUUUUUCUCGCCUCGUUCGGAUCUGUAUUUGCCGGCCUGCUGCAGACCUGACCUUUGCCUCAGAUCUAAUGCUGGUCUACAGAGGUGUAUGUUUAGAAACGGCGAUGUUAUGUACUCUGGAUUACUGAUCGAACGUCGCUCUGAAAGGUGUUUGAACAGUCGCAGAGCCAACAUCCUUGAGUUAUGGGUGGAGGAGACGUUUGGCAUAUUUAGUUUGACCAUGGCUACCUAAACUUUACCUGCCUCCUCCUCACAGUGAUCCGUCUCGUGUUUAUUCAGACAUCUAUGGUAUUAAAUCAACAUCCUCCUCUCUCAGGCCUGGAGCCAGAGAUCCAGAAACUGAUCUCCAAGCACAAGCAGGAGCUGAAGAAGCUGCGGACGCUCCACGAGGCCGAGCUGCUGCAGGCAGACGAGCGGGCGGCUCAGCGCUACGUCCGCCAGUGCGAGGAGCUCCGUCAGCAGCUGGAGAGGGAGAAGGAGGAGCAGUGUCAGAGGGAGAGGGAGCUGGCCAAACAGAGGUGAGCAUGUCAGAGCAGAGAGAGGGGGGCGGGGCUUCGGUCAGCGUUAAAAACGGAUCAUCUAACGGCGUUUUUGUGUGUGUCAGAUACGAGAAACAGCUUCAGGAGGAGGAGCUGUCCCUGCAGCAGCAGAGGAGGCGUCUCUACAAAGAGGUGGCCGAUGAGAAAGAGAGGCUGGCUCAGCUGGCUGCAAGGUGAGGUCAAAGGUCACCAGCCUGCAUCCUAAGCGCAGAACGUCAUUACCUGUAGAGAGUCUCUGUUGAAUCACUCCAUCGCGUCCUCUGCUGACCUGUGAGAGAAGAACGUUUGAACCCUGAGGUCCUCAUCCAGAGCCUGUCCUCGUGUUUCUCCUGCAGGCAGCGCGCCGAGCUGGAGGAGCUGAGGAGGCAGCUGGAGGAGAACAGCUCUUUGGCCGGGCGAGCGCUCAGAGAGGAGCUGGACAAGAGCAGAGAGGAGCAGGAGAGGAGGCACCAGGUGAGUCCAACACGAGAACCAAAUCUCUUCUGUCCACCUGCACCUUCAUAAACCUCCAUCAGCCGGACUGGAGUCUGAUAACCGAGGAUUGUUUGUUUUCCCAGCUGGAGAUGAAGACGUUACAGGAACGCUUGGACAUCGAGAAGCAGGCCUGGGAGGAAAACUACAAGAAAAAAGAGGUUUGUUUACACGGGGACAUCUGGUCAUGAUGAUAAAAACACCUUAGACCGUGGACACGCUGCUAAUGAUUAACCCGCGCAGAUGUCGAACCCGUGUGAGUCACGAUGGACGUGCAUGUGAGGUAAGAGCCGCCUUAAAUACAUGUAUGUGUUUGUGCGCCGACAGGAAGCGUGGCUGCUCAGCCGCGAGCGCGAACUCAAGGAGGAGCUGCGGCGAGAGCGCGAUAAAGAGAUCGAGCUCGCCAUCUGGACGCUGGAGGAGGAGACGAGCAAAGAUAAGGAGGAGUGUGAGAGGGCGGCCGACAGCAGGUGUGUGUCGACUGAAGUCAGAGGCUGUCUGAUUAACUCAGCUACAGUGUGAAGAUGAUGAUGAUGAGGAUGAUGAUAAAGAGGAGGAGGAGGAUGAUAAAGAUGAUAAUUAGAAUGAUGAUGAUAAUGAGGAUGGCGAUAAUGAGGAUGAUGAUGAUGAUGAUAAUGAUGAUGAUGAUGAUGAUGAUGAUGGAUGAAGAUGAUAAUGAUUAGGAUGAGGAUGAAGAUGAUAAUGAUGAGGAUGAUUAUGAUGAUGAGAAUGAUGAUAAGGAUGAUGAUGAUGAUGAUGAUGAUGAUGAUGAUGAGGAUGAUGAUAAAGAAGAUGAUGAUGAUGAUGAUAAUGAUGAUGAUGAUGGAGAUAAUGAUGAAGAUGAUUAUGAUAAUGAUGAUGAUAAUGAUGAUAAAGAGGAGGAGGAGGAUGAUAAAGAUGAUAAUUAGGGUAAUGAUGAGGAUGAUGAUGAUGGUGAUGGUGAUGAUGAAAAGGUUAAUAAUGAGGAUGAUGAGGAUGAUGAUUAUGAUUAGGAUGAUGAUGAUGAUGAUAAAGAGGAGGAGGAUAAUGAUGAAGAUGAUAAUUAGGAUGAUGAGGAUGAUGAUGAUGAUAGUGAUGGUGAUGUGAUGAUGAUGAGAAGGUUAAUAAUGAGGAUGAUGAUGAUGAGGAUGAAGAUGAUAAUGAUUAGGAUGAUGAUGAUGGUGACGAUGAUGAGAAGGUUAAUAAUGAGUAUGAUGAUGGAGAUAAUGAUGAAGAUGAUUAUGAUGAUGAGGAUAUUGAUGAGGAUUAUUAUGAUUAGGAUGAUGAUGAUGGUGAUGGUGAAGAUGAUGAGAAGGUUAAUUAGGAUGAUGAUGAGGAUGAAGAUGAUAAUGAUUAGGAUGAGGAUGAUGAUGAUGAUGAUGAUGAUGAUGAUGAUGAUGGAGAUAAUGAUGAAGAUGAUUAUGAUGAUGAGGAUGAUGAUGAGGAUGAAAAUGAUUAUGAUGAGGAUGAAGAUGUGAUGAUGAUUAGAAGGUUGAGAAUGAGGAUGAUGAUGAUAAUGAUGAUGGUUAUGAUGGAAAUAAUGAGAAUGGUGGUGAUGAUAGUGGUAUUGAUGACGAUGAUGAGGAUGGUGAUAAUGAGGAUGAUGAUGACAAUGAUGAUGAGGAUGGUGAUGAUGGCGACAACAGUGAUGAUGAUGAGGAGGAUGAUGAUGAUGAUUGUGAUGAUGAUGAGGAUGAUGAGAAUAAGGAUUAUGAUGAGGAUGAUGAUGAUGAAGAUGAUUGUGAUGAUGAGAAUAAGGAUUAUGAUGAGGAUGAUGAUGAUGAUGAUGAAGAUGAUUGUGAUGAUGAGAAUAAGGAUUAUGAUGAGGAUGAUGAUUAUGAGAAUGAUGAUGACUAUGAGGAAGAUGAUUGUCCUUCCUCAGUGCCCUGAUAGGUUUUUCUUGCUGUACAUGUUUCACUCCUUCGUUCUCAUUGUCGGUCAGGGUGAAGCGUGUGAGGGACAAAUACGAGGCUGAGCUGAAGGAGCUGGAGCGCUCUGAGAGGACGGCCGUGGAGAAACAUCAGGAGCUGAGAAAGCAGCAGAUGGAGACGGAGGGAGAGCUGAUCCGACUGCAGGCUGCACUUCGACAGAAGGAGCAGGAGACUGAAGACAUCACACAGGUGAGGAGAACAUCCACAGGUUCUCAGCAAACAGGACUCACACCUUCAGAGGAUUUUCAUUUGGAUUCACGCUUUGAAUUUUCAGACCAGAGACAAGCUGGUGGACGAGCGCCGCAGCCUGGCUGAGGUGAUCCGGCAGGAGUUUGCAGACCGCCUGGUGAUGACCGAGGAGGAGAACCGCAGGUUGAAGGUGGAGGUGUCGGAGGUUCGAGCCAGACUGCGACUGGAGGUGGAGAGAGUCACCAGAGAGAAGGAGGAGGAGCUGGCUGAGGUCCACCAACGGUAGGAUGGACUAACUGUCUCCAAACUUACCCGGGAUUUCCACCACAUGAAAAGAAGCCGGAUGUUUUAUUUUGUGUCUGUGCCCGACUUCCUUUCCAGCAGGGGUUAAUCUGUGCUGAAUUUAUCCGCCAUGCUCCGGUGUCCAGCAAAAAUAAAACUCUUGUAAUCAGCUGCGGAGUCCGGCGAUCCUCAGAGGAACAGAAAGAAGCCGGUGGAAUUGACACGUUAACUUGAAUGGUUACGAUCGGCAGAUACGGCUUUUUCGUAGCCGUUUUUUUGGGGUUAGACUUUGUAAUUUCUUGAAGCUUGAGCUCCAUCGUUCACGCUCUCGUUGUGACUGAGUUUGGUUAACGUCACACUCUCUGAUAUAUAAAAAACAAAAACCCUUUCCAGGUCGUUCCCAUGAACAAGAUAUCCCAUAAACCUACAGAGGGACCGUCUCCAAAACUGGAAGAACGCCCUCUUACAAUGAAGACUAAAGAUGAGGGAUCAUGUCUGAUUAUUGUUCUCCAGCCUCUCCUGUUUACUGAGGGACCUUCGGUUCUCCUCACCUGAUGGAUCUGAACUGUAACUCUGAGCCGUUGGCAGAGAUGUUGGACUUUUCUUCUGAGACUGUCUGAGGAUUUAGGUCAGCCGUAGUCUCCAAACAUUGAACAAGUAUCGUUGUCGGCCAGCUGGCUCCAAACACAAAGUUCUUUUCAAGGUGUGAAGAGAGACGCUGGCACAACAACCCGAGUCCAAAAUUAUUACAUUGCUGGAAACUGGAGCAGUCCGCUGGGCGUCUGCCAGAGUCUGGGAAGCGUCCCCCAGAAAAACGACGAGCUGAUAAAAGGUUCGAGUCUCUUUGUUCAUUGACACUUUUUUUCCUUUUAUUCAACAGAGUGAAAGCGGCGAUUUUGAAGAAAGAAGAAACCGUCAGUCAGCUCCGGAAGCAGCACGAGGUAAAAUCAUCACUAAUAUUAAAAAAAAGAGAGAGACAGGCUGGCAGUGAUGAUUGACAGCUGGGGUAAAUAUUCUCCUCCGCUCUGAUAGGCUGCGCUGAAGAGGGCGGACCACCUGGAGGCUCUGUGGGAGCAGCAGAGGAAGCAGCUGCUGGAGAAGUGACUGACAGGACGGCCUGGUCUCAGGGUUUCAUCUGUCCGGACCACCCCCCCUCACAAACACACACACACACACACACACACACACACUCUGCUCUGAGUCCCCCUUCUGGAUUUGUUGCCUCUGGAUGUUUUUCCUGCCAGCAAGACUGAACCUGUGGAUCUUCAGAAGGUUGAACAAGAGACCCAACCUUGUCCUACCUCAUUUGAACAGUAAAGACAAAUGGGGAAGAAAACACUGGACUCCAUGUGAAGACCCCCACCCACCACCACCACCACACCACCCUCAAGGCAUGAAGGAGCGUGUCGUGUUGAAACUUUGCUCGUUAAAAUGCCACAGACCAGGUGGAUGGACAUCCUUCUUCUCUUUCUAUAGGAGGAUCAUCGCUGCAUUUUUGCUGAUUGUACCCCCCCCCCCCUCUCCUCUCCCUCUCUCUGCAGUCUGUCGGAGCAGGAAUGUGUCCAUGUUCCCCACAGAGCUGCCACAGAGAACACUUCCAGAUGUUUCUCAAACCAGUGUGGGCCUGUGUCGUUGCAGAAAUGCUGAGAGGGGGCAGGGAGGGGGACUCGUGUAACUGGAAGACUGCGAAAAACUCGGACUCGGAUCAGUUAGUAGAGAAGCCAAGGACCGAGUGUUUCUGUGUGCCUGCUGGUCGUGCCCUCUGAUUUCUGUUGAGUCAUGUGUUUUUGUCUCAGUGCCCCCCCGAAGGCGCAGGCUAAUUACAGGAUCUGUGUUCUCUCCCUCGCUGCAGCUCGGUGCUGUUGGCGUGUCCCAAACCAAACUUAGUUCAAACUUCAGUUUCUAAAAAGUUCUUCAUGAGGACUCCAGUUCAUGGUUUGCAAAUCUUUAAAAAAGCCGAGCCUUUUAUUGCCUUUUGUAUCAUAUUUGAUACGUACUUUUAUUUACUUCUAUCAAAUCAAUAUGAUCAACAAAUUACUAAAAACACCUGAAUACAGUCCGAUAAAUGAUAAAAAUGUCCUCUUCUGGUUUAUGAGUUUCCUAAAACAUCUAAUGUAUCACACAAGAUAAAUAAAUAUAUAAAUAUAUUUAUUAAAUUUUAAGGACAUUUUUUUUUUUGGUUCUAAGUAGUGAGUGAAAAUUAACAUUUCAGCUAAAAAAAUUGAAUUUCUGGCCAUAAUUUGUGGUUUCAGGCAUUAAAGGGCUAGUUUGAAUUUCAAACGGUGCAAAAACCGCAGAAGUUAAACACAGAUUAAUCUUAUUUUCAAUCUGAUGUCAGCGACACGCUUCAAAAAAGUUAACCCACGGACAUCUGGAGGCACAACCCAACCCUCUGGAGACCUUAGAGGACCCAGCAGACCAAUUUCUGGAGUCUGAAAGUGGAAAGUUGUCCCAGUCUUUCCUCAUUGAGGAAUUCAGCUGCUAAAUGUUUUCACCUGGGUUUAAAUCAGGACUGCGUCAGUCCAGGAAACGAUAUUUUUUUUCCCACCUCCUUCGCUUCUGAUUGGCUGUGAAAUGUCAUCACACGCUCAAGCCGAGCACAGGCUGUCGGCUCUGUACAUCGGACAGAAAAUUGCAGAACAUUAUCACACUUCUGAAUCUCCAAACCCUAACGCUCACACUAAUCCUUAUCCUGACCCUAACCCUAAAUCUAACCCUAAUCUUAACACUAAUCCUUAUCCUAACCCUAACCCUAACUCUAACUCUAAACCUUAUCCUAACCCUAAAUCUAACCCUAAUCUUAACACUAAUGCUUAUCCUAACCCUAACCCUAACCCUAACUCUAAUCCUUAUCCUAACCCUAAAUCUAACCCUAAUCCUAACACUAACCCUAAUCCUAACCCUAAAGCUAAUCCUAACUGUGACUCUAACCCUAAUCCUUACCCUUAUCCUAACUCUAACCCUUGCCGUAACCCUAACCCCUACCCUAACGUAACUAUAACCCUUAUCCUAACUCUAAACCUUAUCCUAACCCUAAUCCGAACACUAACCCUAAAGCUAGUCCCAACUGUGACUCUAAUCCUAACCCUUAUCCUAACACUAACCCUAACCUUAUUUUAACCCUAACCCUAACCUUAUCCCAGCUGUAAUUCUAACCCUUAUCCUAACCGUCACUCUAACCCGACAGACGAUGACGUUUCACAGCCAUUAGGAAUAACCAAUAGGAGCCCAGCACUUCUAGCCAAUCAGAAGCGAAGGAGGUCGGGACCUUCUCCUACCAUCCAACGAAAAAAAAUCCUGCAUCCAGGACUCUUCUCCUACAGAGCCAUGUGGUUUUGGAUCAUAUGAAGGUCUUUGUCUGGAUGGACGCAGAUGUUGCUCCUAAACCUGUAGAUAUUGUUUAAAACCGAGGAUGCAGCAUCUAUGAUUUCCAGUUCUUCGUUGAAAGGACAACUGGUAUGUUUGAAAGUUUUGCCUUAGUCCAGUUGUCCUUUCCAAAAGAGUGUUAGAUUUAUUUUUUAAAUUAAAUACCGACUUUAGAUGAUUUGCAAACCAUCAACUUCUGUCCUCAGCUCUUUCUAGGAUCGGGUUUUUAGAAGUGAAAGUACUAACACGGUUGCAGACUAGAGUUUGAAGCGCGAGUAGGAUGUUGCUAGAAGGAGCGAUAGGAAGUGUAGGAACUUAGAAGGAAAAGGAGCGAAGAAAAGAGGGAUGAUGUGCUCGAGGUUACAGAAGGAUAAUUGUAGAUCUGCUUUUGAAAGUUUCCGUAUGUGAAGAAGAAGAAGAAGGGAGAGGAUGAGGGCAGCGUGGGAAGAAGAAAGAAUGUGUAUAGAAAAUGUUUAUAGGAUUAGAGAAGCAGGAGGGGUUGAGAGGGUACGAGGCAUGUGACCAAAGGUAUGUUUGAAAGCAUACAGGUCCGAGUCCGGUCCGAUCCAGGGGCCACACUGUGACAGAACACUUCACACUCAACAGGCAGAGGGAGGCCUGGAGUCGCACACAUACGUAAACUAUCCGGGUCCAGAUUCUCUCGGAGGAGCUCUCCUCACAUACAUUAGCGUUUUCUUCCUUCCUAAUUUCUUAACCUUUGGAACAAUUAGUUUGUUGUUGAAGCCCUCCUGGCGGACACAGGAAGUCUUUGUGGAUAAGAUUUCAGAGCGAAGGGUCCAUAGCAUGAGUGAGCGAGGGGUGGGGGAGCUGGAACCAGAGUCGGUGCUGCAGAGAGAAACUCUAAACCCGGAGGUAAAGCCUGUUAUUUAGGUGAAAGACCCCCGCUCUGAUUGUAAAGACCCCCUUCAGCCUCCAGAAGAUAUUUAUUCUGCUGCUCUUUUAUUUUUUUUAAUUUAUUUUCUACUCUAGCACUCGGACACGACCUUUGUAGCCUCAUUAGUCCUCAGAAAGGUCAGGAUUUGAAGUCACACUUCCUCUCGUCGUCUUUUUAAUCCCUUUUUUUUUCAAGAACGCUAAAGGUCACUCUGCAGAGCUUUAACUGCAGCAGUAAAACUUUAUCACUACGCCAUUUAGAGAUGGUCUAAAUAGAGUACGUCAGGUUUUUCUGACACUGAAGUAGUCCGAGCCGCGGUGUAAAGGGUUCAGAUGAAGAGUAUUUUAGUGGACGGAGAGUCCAGGUAGAGCAGCUUUAUGGGUUACACGGUUUCUGUCCGUCAUUUCUACCAAACAUACCCUGAAAAAAGUCGUUAAAUUAUCGGCAUCGAGGUUGUUCUUUUUAAUGUUUAUUCCACAGAGAUGAAGGAAACUUGUCAGAGUCACAGAAUGAAAAAAAAAACUUUUUUUUUUAAAUGUGUAAAAACUCGCAUCAGUUCUUGUGUUGAACAGCCGGACUGUGUUGACUUUAAUGUUUUGUUGUGACCUGCUCAUUUGAAACACAUUUAACAACAAAAACACACACAGACACACACACACGGGUUUAAGAAUGAGGCUCGGGUGAAACUGAACCAGAAUUUCACGUGGGGUAGAAUGAAACCUUCAGAGGAACCUAAGUUGGUUGGGAAACGGUUCCUCUUCAGGUUCCUGGUUCUUGAAAUGACCGUCAAACCAACAGUCAACAAAAUCAGUCCCAGUCCUCCUCAAAGACCGGUAAGAAGACAGAGUUCAGUUUAUAUGAAGGUCCUUAAAGGGAGCGUUAAUUACUAGUUAAUAAGACAGUUAUAAGACCUGAUGAACAUUAAUACUGUUAUUAUUACUUAUAAGACACCAAUACAUAUGAUAUUAACAUGAAUUAGACGUUAUAAAGCAUUAUUAAGGAUUAUUGAACAUGUUUGUAACUGUAAUUAACAUCUAUUAUUGUUUAUAAACUCCCCUAUCGGUGACACUGUCAUAUCAUAUCAUAUCUCAGCUGCUUAUUAACUGUUAACUAACGCUUAUUACCAGGACCUUAUUACAAAGACAGGAUCAGUGAAGUGGUCGAUUGAUGCCACACGUCUCCACGGCUUUCACGGUCACUAACUGUGAGUCAUGAGGCCUCACAGCGCGCCCCCUCUCGCCGCUCCGCUGCAGUUGGCACCAGCCUCAGAGCGGCGGUGUGAGCUGGCAUUCCUCGUGCGUGCCCGUCCUCCGAGUACCAGUGAGCCGGGCCUUUGUGUGUGUGUGUGUUUUUGUGCCACCAUUCCUCCCAUCACGACCCAAGAUGACCCCGACGGUGCCAGACACACAUUCACGCUCACAUACGGGCGCCCUCGAACCAUUCCAGCUCUCUCUGCUUCUUGUUUUUUCCAGUUUGUGCAGCUCUUGAACGCGCCGUUUUCUGACCUUGUUUUUUUUGCGUCUCUGUUUUUACUGUUGCUCAUGCUGUGAAGAUAGAAGAUGGUGUCUGAUCGAUGAGAAAGAGAGAAUAAAAAGCAAAGACUGUUGAGAAGACCGUCUGUGUCUGUGUUUCUGUUCGACAGUCGUCUUCUUGUUUCUGUCACAGGUUUUCAGACGGAGCGGUGCCUUUAGGACUCUGAGAAACUGAAAACUAAUUCAGAGUGAUUCAGUGCGCGGUUUGACUUUUCUAAUCGCUGUGAAAAAUGGACGUAUUCACCACAAUCCUUCUCUAAUUGCAGAUCCCCUCCCUCCUCAUCCUUUACAUCUGGAAUCACAUCCACAGCUGACCCACUUCUUCUCCUCCUCCUCCUCCCUUCUUCCCCCUGUUUCCUUUUCCUGCUCCCUUGCCCUCCAGCUUGCCCACUUCCUGCACUGAAGCGUGUCCCCCCCCACCUCCUCUCAGUGUAGCUCCUUUCUUUUCACAGAGGAAACCGAAGCUCGGAGAGGCACGCUGACCGUUGACUCUCACUUGGCUCUCUGGGCAGCAGCUGACCGCCCGGCUACAGGAGGAGGAGGAGGAGGAGGAGGAGGAGGAGGAGGAGGAUGGAUGUCAGUGAAUGUAAAUUCUGAGAGCUGCAGCGUCUCCCCCCUCUCUGCAUGUGAAGGAUCUUCAGCAUGUUCCUGCUUGUCACCUCAUUUCUCCUGCUGUCAUGCUGUGAUUUAGGGUCUCCUCUGAGCCGCCUGCUCAUGUCUCACUUUAUUGCAGCCUGCAG